GUGACGUCCACCUCCUUGCAUGUGCGUUUUCCGAGGAACGAAACGCCCUGGAGCCGCGGCUCGGUUUGACCUAGGUCACUUGGAGAAGGAGCCGGGACUUCCCAAGCCGAAAGCGGGGCAGGAAUAAUGGAAAUGAGCAGAAGCGACGAACAGGGCUUUUCUCUGGUGGCAGAGAGAGAAGCAGAAACCCACGGACAAGCUGAAGUUGCGUCCUGGAUGCAGCAAGACGCGGCGCUCGUGGAGAUGUCCAGGUUUGGCUUUUCAUCCAGCUCCGAGGAGGACUCAUCUGAUCCCGAUGUUUCCCUGGUGGCCCGACGCAGGGAGGAGGAUAGCUGUGGCCGCUGUCAGAGGGACAAGUGUCUCCCAGAAGCGACCGUGCCAGAGAUCAUUUGGGAUGAGGGUGGCAAGAAAGCCUACAGAGUUUCGCUCCCUGGUGCCAGCUCGUUCCGGUGCGCCGAGACCGACCUGUGCUUCGACGUGAAGGCGGCGGUCACCCUGAGCUACGAGUACGGCUCCUGGCAGCAGCACCUGCGGGGAGGCGAUGCGAAGAGAUGGACCUUCGUCGGCCCGUUGUUCAACAUCCGGGCGGAGCCGGCUGGCGCCGUGGGUGCCGUCUACCUGCCACACUUCGUGUGCCUCAGAGGUGGAGCGGCUUCGUGGCAUCCCCCACCUCCUUCUCCGUCCUUCUCCUCCUCCAAAGCCGAGGUCCGGGAGUCCCCGCUCUGGGCUCACAGGUUAAACCUCGGCCAAGGAGACACUUCCAAGAUGCGAACUGGCCAUUUCGUUGAUGGGAAGCUGGUCCUGGAGACGCCGGCGAGGGUGAAGCCAUUCCACGCGGUGCUGGAAAACGCCAGCUUCUCCUUUCUGGGGUUGCUUUGGAGGAAGAUAGCUUCAAUUCUCCAUUUUCCUAUCCACUCCCUUGUGCUGAUCUACCACGCCACCAGGAAGGAACCUGUCACCCUCCAUCUCUACUUGAUCCCCGAUGACCGCUCCAUAAAGCAGGCAAUCGAAGAGACAGAGAAGAAGUCCAUGUCCUACCGGGUGGAUAAACCGCCUUUGACCAAACGUGUCAACUGCGGGAGGUCCUACGUUGUUUCUGGCUCCGCACCCAUAGCCAUACAACCCAAGAUCCUGGACUUCCAUCUCAGAGGGGCAGAUAAGCAGCAGAUCUUCAGUGAAAUCUACCUUAGUGUCAUGGUAGAGGAAGUCAAACUCAGCUUGAAAGACGAAGAGAGGGACAAGUGCAUGUGGCACGCAGUGCUGCGAAGAGGUAGGUGUCUCGCGUCCUUUCCCCUCCAGCAUGGUGAAGCUGUGAGAUGUCCCAAGGAGGGAAGGCUGGUGCCCAAGUCUUUUCAGACAGAAGCAGAACCUUCAAAACGUCUUUUUCUGCUGGCUGCAGAAGAAACCGAGGGUGACGAGCUCGAUUGUACAUAUUUGCCAGACAUCGCACCCAGCGGGGCGGGCGCAGAUGCACCGCGCGCCAGUUGCCGGCCCCCCAGAUCGCGGCGCAGCCGGCCAGGCUGGGCAGACAGAGGACAAAUCCCAGGAGCCUCCGCGACGACGACAGAGAAGCACUUCCUGGAUCUGCACCGAGUGGAGCUGAUCAACCGCGUCGUCGAAGUGAAGGGCGUCCUGGACCUCCUGCUCGGGGAUGUUCUGGACUUCGAGCAAUACCAAAGGAUCCUGGCGGAGAAAACGUCCCACAGCAGGAUGCGCGAGCUGUUCAAGCUGAUGCCGAGCUGGACUCCCUGGUGCAAGGACCGCAUCUACGAGGCCCUGAAGGAGAAGCACCCACACCUCGUCGAAGAUCUUGAGAAGUAACCAAUGCUGCUCCCCAAUACAGUCCUUCCGUGGAGGAGCAAAGUCCCUCAGGCAGCUCACAAGUGACCUCACCAAUGGCAGCGUCACCGCAGGAUCAACGCCUUGCUGAGGUUGGAAAGCACCUCUGGA